AGGAACCUACUCGGACUACUUCCGGGUCAGUGUGUGUUCCGGCAUGGUGUUGAGGUUGUGGGAUUUGUUGAAAAUAACAUGUGCUACUGAAAAGUGGGAAAUAAAAUGAGUUCUCAGAAAGGUAACGUGUCUCGUUCGCGAGCCCAGAAGCAUCAGAACGCAAUUGCCUACAAAAACAACAAGUACGGAGCGACUGUUCAAGUGAAGGUGGCAAACUCAAAGAUCCACGAUGGCCUGUGUCUACACUGCAAAGGGGUUCUCGAGUGGAAAGUCAAGUACAACAAAUACAAGUCAUUGACACAGCCCCGGAAAUGUGUCAAAUGCUUUCAGAAGACUGUGAAGGAUGCGUACCACAUCCUCUGUAAGCCCUGUUCUGUUGAGCUUGAGAUCUGCUGCAAGUGUGGGAAGAAGGAGGACAUUGUUGUUCCCAUAAACUCCGAUCUGGACAAGGAAGAGCCAGAAGAAGGUGGUGAACAGACAGAGAAAGGAAGUGAACGAGGGAAGAAGGACAUGGACAGCGAUGAUGAUGAUGACCUUGGAGACCUUGACGAUGAGGAUGAUGAAGACUUUGACAUUGACUUGAGUCGAAAAAAACCACAGAAAGGGUCCGCUGCGCUGCCAGGUGUUUCCAGAGUCCAUUUUAAAGAAUGAAAAACCAAGAGGUUUCCACGUGGACUUUUUAUCACCAAAAUAGUUUCCUAAUCACAGUAUAAUUGUGAAGUUUGUGACCACACUCAAAUUAACUAAUAAUGCUAUUUUUUUACGUUGAGUGCCAUCACCAGUGUUCGGUUAACUUUGGAGUUGUGGCUAAAAGUGCAAAUGAAAAGUCAGUUAAAUAUUCAUUUUUGUUAUUGAGGUAAUAAAGUCAAUACCAGGCUUGUGGAAUGAGUAGCCAGCUCAGCUCGAGGGCGGCUUGACCAGAGUGAUAAGGAAAGGAUACCACGGCCCUCUCAUUCACCAGCGCUGGUUUAUCAUUGGUCAGAUCAAUCGCUGGCUAUGGAGAGGAUGACCUCAUCCAAUCUCUGUCUUCUUGAAUUUCUUCCUUCCUCUUCAAAAUAUCACCGUAGUGAUGAGUUCCCAGGAUUAGCUCAGUCAGCCUUGGUCGGAGCCUGUACAGGAAAUUCAAUAAAUUAAGUCAUAAUCAUUAUUAGGUUUGUUUAUAGUUGAGCUGUGUGUGAUGAUCAUUUACAGUGUAAUUCAGUCAUUUAAACAGUUUACAUCCAUAUUAUUCCAUUGGAAUAAAUAACUUUACAUUUGCUCCAAUA